GUUAUACUAAAGCCUUGCUGUAUAGCAUUGAAUACAUAGCAGCAUGACUUCGGAGUUCUUUUUUUCUUUUUUCUUUUUCUUUUUUGCUUAAAAUACAAUGAACACCAUUCUCAACUCAUGUCAAGAUAUGCAAAAGAAACAAAUAAACAUGCAAGAUACCAUGUUGGAUAGACUUGCUUCUUUUAGACAAUUGCUCGAUGCAAAGAAAAAAGAACUCGAUCAAGGCUAUAGUCCCCAUCAGACUAUGAUGCAACUACAAGAACAAGCUAAACAACUUCAAUUUCAAAAACUACAAAAAGAAUUUCAGUCUAGUUUAUCUAAACUAAACAAAGACAUGGAAAGGAAAUUCAAACAAGAUAUCUCUGUGAUUUAUCACCCAGAAGCAUUUGCAGGCAAACAUGAUGUGAUGUACAGAGCCAUUGCUUUGCAUUUCAUUCGACAAGGACAGUUUGAAUUAUGUGAUGCAUUUAUGAAUGAAUCAGAAAUACCUGUGGAUGAUCCAUUGCGUGAGACAGUUGAACAACUCAAGCAUGAAUUUGAACAAAUGUAUACUGUAUUAAACAAGAUAGAUAAAGAACAAGAUUUAUCGGCUGCUAUUAGUUGGGCAGAAGCACAUCAAGAAGGCUUAAUAAAACUAGGCAGUGGAUUAGGAUUCAAUCUACACCGCAUGAAGUUUAUUCAACUGUUACUUUCUACUGAUGCUAUGACAGCAAUUCAAUAUGGACAACAACAUUUCCAUGUAUUUGGUGAUAAACAUUAUUCAGACAUCAAGCGUUUAAUGACAGCACCCUUGUAUAUUCAUGAUUUAUCGAAUUCACGUUAUGCAGACUUAUGCUCUCCUUCCAAUUGGAUUCAGAUCAAGCAAGAAUUCCAGCAUGACUUCUGUUCUUUGCUCAAGAUGAGUGCAGAGAGCCCAUUGUACACAGCUGUGUUUGUGGGCACGACAGCUUUACCUGUGAUCAUGAAACUCUAUACGAUCAUGUCAAGUAAAAAGACAGAAUGGAGUGCUCAGGAUGAAUUGCCUGUUGAGGUUCCAUUGGAUGAAGAUCUUCGUUAUCAUUCUGUAUUUGCCUGUCCUGUCUCUAAAGAACAAGCAACGGAUGAUAAUCCACCAAUGAUGAUGCCCUGUGGUCAUGUGGUCUGUAAAGAGAGUUUAUUACGACUCUCAAGAAGUAGCAGAGCAUCUUCUCGAUUUAAAUGCCCUUAUUGUCCCUCCGAAUCUUCUGUGGAUCAAGCUAUUCAAGUUUAUUUUUAAAAAUAAAGGA